AUUAACUAAGCACACACAAAACCUCAAUCAAACCCUUAUACACAUGGCGGGUUUUGAUGCCUCAUCAGCAGCAGCGCCGUCGCCGUGGCACUCGCCGGUGCCGUACCUGUUCGGCGGGCUUGCGGCGAUGCUGGGGCUCAUCGCUUUCGCUCUCUUGAUCCUCGCCUGCUCCUACUGGAAGCUCUCCGAAGACGCCGAGAGGGACCUCGAGGCCGACGGAGGAGGAGACGGAGCUUCUAAGGUGGAGCCGCUGGUGAUGGAGGAGAAGUUUCUGGUGAUCAUGGCCGGCCAGGAAAAGCCCACUUUCCUCGCCACUCCGAUGUCCAGUAGAACGUCGUCGUUUAGUAGCAAGAGCACUACUAGUACUUUAAGCUCUGAAAAUAGUACCCUAUCUGAAGCUGAUUUUGAACACAUAAAACAUCCAUAAUUAGAAUUUUGGUUCUUUUAAAAUAUGGUAGAAUUGUUAUGAAUUUUGCGGGAAUGUAAAUAAUUUUUGGAAGAUAA